GAGCAGGGAAAAUGGCGGAUCUAGAAGACGUGACUCUGGACGGCAGGGAGCUGCAGAAACUACGCGUCACCGACCUGAAGGCGGCCCUGGAGGAGCGCGGCCUGGCCAAGAGCGGCUCCAAGAACGCGCUGAUCAAGCGGCUGAAGGGGGCUCUGAUGCUGGAACAGUUGCAGAAACAUUCCACCUCCCACUCUGGCCUGCAGCCCAACUCCCAGAUCGGUGAGGAGAUGAGUUCCAACAGCUUCAUCAAGCAGUACCUGGAGACGCAGCAGGAGCUACUGCGGCAGAGGCUGGAGAGGGAGGCGCGUGGCGUGGCCGAGGCCGAAGAGGUGGACUCGGACAGUGAGAGUACCGACACCCCCGUCCUUCAAGCUCAGGAACCCGGCAACAGCCCUGGAACCGUCCACCCACCAGACUCGGGCGAUCAGAAGAGUGAGCCAGCACAGGAUGGUGGGGGCAGCUCACCCGUUGGACAGGAGGACGAUGUUCUCUCGGGUCAGGGUGCCCCCCCGACUUUAGAGGUGGAAGGCAGUCGGUGCUCGGAGGAGGAGGAGGAGGAGGAAGAGGAGGAGGAGGAGGUAGAAGGAAUGGCCGGCUCCCAAGGAGAUCCCUCACCCACCACCCUGCGACGCCGCUGGCAUCAGCAGGAGGGCCCGCGUGAGCCUGCUCUGCCUCGUCUACGCCGGGGGGCUCCACUUGGCCGUCCCCAGCGCUCUCCUCUCCCUGCUGCCCCCCCUGAACUCGAGAGGGGGGGCUAUGCACCCCUCUCCCCCCCUCCCCAGCUCUCUGAGCAGCAGCCUGCCCCUUCCCGCGGAGACCAGGAGCUUGAGGAGGGGCCACCGCUGCUCGAGUCCCAGCAGGAAGCCACACGCUCUCCACCCUCCUUAGACCAGCCCAUGAAGGAGCCACUCCCAGCAGCACACCAGCGGGACAGUGGGGGUCUUCCCCUGGCUCACCAUGCUCUAGCAGAGCCUCCUGCCCAGCUGGAGACACCUCCCCCACCUUCACUCCAGAAGGAAAUGUCUCCGGCACAAUCCCAGCAGGAGGAAGGGUCUCUGGCACAGACCCGCCAGGAGGAAGGGUCUCCAGCACAGUCCCAGCAUAAGGACAGAUCUCCAGCAGAAUCCCAGCAGGAGGUAGGGUCUCCUUCAGAAUCCCAGCAGGAGGUAGGGUCACCUUCAGAAUCCCAGCAGGAGGUAGGGUCUCCUUCAGAAUCCCAGCAGGAGAAAGGGUCUCCUUCAGAAUCCCAGCAGGAGGUAGGGUCUCCUUCAGAAUCCCAGCAGGAGGAAAGGUCUCCUUCAGAAUCCCAGCAGGAGGUAGGGUCUCCUUCAGAAUCCCAGCAGGAGGAAGGGUCUCCAGCGGAUUCCCACCAGAAGAGAGGGUUUCCUUCAGAAUCCCAGAAGAAUGAAGGUUCCCCAGCAGAAUCCCAGCAAGAGGAAGAAUCUCCUGCAGAAUCCCAGCAGAAGGAGGCAUCUCCAGCAGAAUCCCAGCAGGAAGUGUCUCCCAUAGAAUCUCAGCAGGAGGUAUUUCUAAAUGAAUCCCAGCAGGAAGGGUUGUCUCCAACAAAGUCCCAGCAGAAGGAAGUAUCUCCAUCUUUGCAGGAGGAAACAUCUCAUCACCUGACCCAGCAGGGGAGGGAGGGAUCCCCACCAGUGUCACAGCAGAAGCAGACUCCUUCUGGCCUGUCACAAGCUAGCACCCGCAGGGCCAGCAGAGAUUCAAAGGAGGGUGGGGAUUCCCCCUCAGAACAGGGGCCAGGAGAGGGGGAGAGGUCGAAGGGAGUGCCCUCUCCCCCCUCCACCUCGCAGCAUGACAGGGACACUUCCCCUGGGAAACGGUCCUGCUCAAGAUCGGGCUCCAAGAACAAGGGCAGGUCCUCAUCCUCUUCCUCAUCGUCCUCUACCUCCUCCACCUCAUCAUCAUCAUCCUCCUCCUCCUCCUCCACCUCAGAGAGAGACCAGGUCAGGAGGAGAUCCAAGGCAAUGUCUAAUGAUGCAGAGACACGGCAACGGGACAGUGAAGACGCCCGCGGCCGGGACACCAGCAGACCCCGGAGCCCAGCUGUGGACCCUGAGCCCAGUCCCGGUACUGCCACACUCGACCCCAGCAGGGCUGGGGGCAAGCGGCUGCCGGUGGGGAGGGAGGGGUCGCCUAGUACCCCCUCAGGCUCCAAACGGCGCAGGACCUCCCAGGAGAGAAGGGAGCUGGAAAGAUCUGCGGAAACGAUUACUGAGCCCAGGCCCCGACAGGAACGUCGCAGGCCACAAGAUCGGGCAGGCUCACCCACAGAGAGACACCAGCAAGAACAAAAGCACCCCGCCAUGGAGAACGAGCCUGGCGCAGAGUGCGAUCCCAGUGCCCUUCCACCCCAGCAGCUGAGUGAAGAGGGCCUCCCCGAGGGAGACAAGAGAGAGAGCACAGUGCCAAAGGCCUUCAAGAGGAAGAUCUCGGUGGUUUCCGCCAGUAAGGUUGGGCCAGUGAGCAGUGGGGACUCGGAUAGCAGCCAGCCCGCCCGCAAACGGCGGUGGGGAUCCAGUACCGUGGCCACACAGAAGAAACCCUCCAUCAGCAUCACCACAGAGUCCCUGAAGAACCUGAUGCCGGAGAUGAAACCGGCGCUGGGGGCCGUGCCCAGCCCGGGCCAGGAAGUGGUGGUGGAGCUGCACCCAGACGAUGCCCGCAUCUCCGAGGAAGAGGGCGAGAGGGCCGAGGAAAAGGGCAGCCAGGACCGGGGACUGAAGAUACGGCGCACUGUUACGCAGGUGGUGACAGCGGAGGGUCCAGAGAACGGAAAGGACGAUGAUCGGGAUGAGGAGGAGGAAGAGGAAGAGGAGGAGGAGGAGACACAGGCGAAGGAGCCUGAGGUGCUUCCCCCGGUGGAACCCGAGGUUCCUCCUGCCGUGGAGGUUGAGCUCAAGAAGGUAACUCCGAGUGAAACAGUCGUGCGGCGUUCAAUAAGCCAACAGAAGACGGGGAUGUCGGUGACAAUCGAUGAUCCAGUGCGGCCGGCGCAGAACCCCUCCCCACCCCGAGGGAAGACCAGUCUCAUCGUACACAUCUGUAACCUGGUGCGACCGUUCACCCUGGGGCAGCUCAAGGAGCUGCUGAACCGGACUGGAACCCUGGUGGAAGAAGGGUUCUGGAUUGACAAGAUCAAGUCACACUGCUACGCAACGUACUCCUGCAUCGAAGAGGCAAUUGCCACUAGGAAUUCUCUGCACGGAGUGAAGUGGCCAGCGUCAAAUCCCAAAUUCCUGGCGGUGGAUUAUGCAGAGCAGGAUGAGCUGGACUUCCACAAAGGCCUGAAGGUGGAGAGGCCGUUGGAGCCGAAGGCGGAGGAGGCACGCGGCGAACUGCGGGACCACGAGCGGGCAGCCCGCGAGCUGUGGGCCGAGAGGGAGCGGGAGAUGGAACGGCGGGAGAGGACGCGCUCCGAACGGGAGUGGGACCGCGACAAGGUGCGGGAGUACGAGGCCAAGGAGGGAGGCAGGGCACGUUCCCGCUCCCGAUCCCGGGAACGCCGGCGCAAGGACAGACCCAAGUCUAAGGAGAAGAGGAGCGAGAGGAAAGAGAAAGUUCCGGAGGAGCCCCCAGCCAAACUGCUGGACGACCUGUUCCGUAAAACAAAAGCAGCCCCCUGCAUUUACUGGCUCCCGCUGACCGUCGAGCAGAUCGUGCGUAAGGAGAUGGAGCGAGCGGACCGCGCCCGAGAGCGGGAGAAGCGGCGGAAGGAGCAGGAGGAGGAGGAGAGGAAGCGGGAGGAGGAGCGGAAGGAACGAGCCAAGGAGCGGGCCAAGGAACGGGAGAAGGAGGCGGAGCGGGGCCGCGAGUCCGAGAGGAAGCGGGAGCACAGCCGGGGUCGGGAACGCCGGGAGACCAAGAGACACAGCCGGAGCCGCAGCACGUCCAGGCGAGACCACAGCCGGCGCUGACCCCCAGGGGCCAAGUGUCUGCCUACCCCACCACUCCACCCUGAGGAGAGGGGACAGGGGGGAGAGAAAAUGGGCUCCCAUGGCCCUCCCACCUGCCCACCGUAGUUUACUUUCUGAGGAGUGUACUGUAUCGUUUGGGCCCCCUCCCCAUGGUGCCCAGGGAAUGGCAGGGUGGGGAACGGGUCUCACCGGGGUUGAGGUAACACAGUGAUCUGUGGGCUACCCCCACCUCUUCCCCGGUCACAGAGGGCCUGGGAGGGCAGAAGCCUCUCCAUGUACUCUGUCAGGUCGGGGGCCCUGCUGAGCAUCCGGAGCGCUCGAGCGCACGGUCCCCGUCCCCUCCCCUUUCUGGUGGUAGAGGGAGAGGGAGGACCUUGGCCCUUCCUGUUCCCCGUAUCUGUUUUUACAUUCUGCCUUUUCUUUUUUCGAUGUCAAAUAAAAUCGCUUGU